GGCAGGUCCAAGGGAGGCCCUUACUGAACAGGCAGGGGGAGGAUCCUGCAGGCUGAUAAACAUACAGUCCCUGGCCCCUCACUUUCUCAUUGCCAGUGACGGCUGAUCGGUGCACUGCACACAGGGUGAGCUGACACACACACAGAGAGACUGACAGAGACACACAGCCUGCUGGAGAGGGACAGACAGACACACAGCCUGCUGGAGAGGGACACACAGCCUGCAGAGCAGUGUAUAUACCAGGAGCUCGGAGGAAGGUACUGAUACAAUGUAUCUCUUGUUAACCCUUGGCGUUCUACACUCAGCUCUGGCUUCCACUUGGUAUCCUGUGCAUUGCCUGGAUUGGGGGUCCAGUGGGCAGAUCUGGUGCCCAGGGAUUGAUCACUUCCCUCUGUGCCCCUAUAUACAUGCCAGCAUCCAAAUCCCAAACCUGGAUUGCUGAAUCACUCAUCCUUUUGUUAGAUUAAUGUUUCACACCGUGUGGAUUUAAAGAUGUGCAACCUGCAGAUUUCCUGCUCACUCCAAUCACCCUUAGCCAAUCAUGUGCAGAAUUGAGGUUCUGGGAGUUGUAGUUAAACUGCUUGCAGAUCCCACAGCCUUUAUGCAGGGUUGUCCAAUGAUUAAAGCAGAUGCUGUGUGUGUACAGCAUGGAGUCGCCAUUGAUGAUGUAUAGAAGCCAUGCAUUGUGUGGUGCUGAUGGAGGGCCUUCCUGUACCUACCUGCUGGAAGGUAGCCCUGUAAGGUAGUUACCACUGGCUGUGCUCCUUGUGGUAAACAGCAACGUGAGCCUGUCAGGUAGGGGAGGGCAGUAGUGUGAUCCAGGUCUGCCCUGCAUAGUGCAGACACAGUAUUUAUUUAUACAUUAAGGACCGACAGAAUUACAGACAUAAAGGCAUCUGCCUAGCCUUCCUAAAUAGUUAAAAUAUAUAUACGUGUGUGUAUGUAUAUGUGUGUAUGUUCCUUUUGUUUAUAAUCCAGACCUGGGACAGACUCCUCACAGCAGCCCAAUCAGGCAUUUGUAAAGUCUUCAAUCAUAAUGACUUUUGUCCAGUCGGAUUAUUUAUUUUUGUGUGUGUGUGUGUAUAUACAUACAUACAUACAUACAUACAUACAUUAAUUAUAGGGUGCCUCAUUCCAGGAUCCUAUUUAGCCUUGACUUGCAGAGAGUCCCAGUAAGGAAGCAUUUCCCAAGUAAGUGGAUUAAUCUCCUAAGAGCAAGCAUUAGGCUGCUACUAGGAUAGGACCUGCCGAAUAUGGGGUACUUUGACGUAGUUGGCAGGCUUAUGCAAUGUAUGAUCAUAUAAUGUAACUAAACCCCCAUCAUUUUUUGUCUAGGUGAGAUGUUUUUAAAUAAAACUAUUACAAUCUCUAAGAUAUGAAAUCAUUGUUUAGUGAAUAAGCGAGUGCGCUGGAUUGUGUGUAUGUGUGUAUAUAUAUAUAUAUAUAUGUGUGUGUGUGUGUGUGUGUGUGUGUGUGUAUAUAUAUAUAUAUAUAGUGUAUGGGUGCACAACACGUGUGACAAUCGCCGAUAUCCAACACUCCACCAAUCCAGUUCUCUAUGUGAAUCUUUGGAUUUACGCAACCUGUACGUCAAGUAGAUUAAAUAAUUUAACCUAUUAGUGUCACUAGCUCUGAUUUUUAUUUGUGUGUGUGUGUGUGUGUGUAUGUGUAUGUGUAUAUAUAUAUAUUAAUAUAAUACAAUAUAAUAUUUUUACUAGCUAUAGUGACCAGGCAAUGGUUUAACUGUUUAAAGGGCACUCUACACACCAAGUUCACUUCACCUUAAUGGAAUGAUUUUGGAGUAUAGAGGCUGCCUCAGGAGAUCUGUGCUGAAGGCUUUGACCUAAUUUUGUCUAAAUCCGUCGUAACCCCACACUUGCUAAUGUGGGAUGCUUUGUUCACGCCACAGUUGUAAUAACCUCAAUGAUCUAUGUGUUUGUUUAUUUGUGCCUGUUUACAUGCUACUUGUUACAUGUGAUGUGUUAAUGCACCGGCAAUUUCUUGCAAUAUACAUUGUAUUAACCUUUACUGACAAUGGUCAAGAUUUCAAACUGUCCCCGUGAGCUAACACUCAGUGGUUGAUUGUAUGACCCGUACUAGGUCACCAAUGUUCUAUCCCUGAAUGUGUGACUCCUGUUAACAUGUGAGCUGCGCACUGCAUGCCUCUUAAUGUGUAUGCCUGCUGCAAUGUGAUGAUCAUCUGCUCAUCCUGACAUGUCCAUUAUUUAGCAUUCUCGUAUUGAAAUUGGCAAUCUUUGUGACAUGAGAGCUGGUCAGGGACCUACACAUUUAUUUAUUCUUAAAAAAAACAAAAAAACUAUUAAGGCCUAUUUCUUCAUUUUAGAAAUACCGAUUUUUGCUAAAUUGAGAUAUUUUGUUGCAGGUAAUCUCAGCAUUGUAAUAUAAUUGUAAACCUUUGAGAUUAGUCAAAAUCCCCUGCCGUCUCCUUAGGCACAAAAGAGCUAAUCUGAUAUGUAGCAUUGCAUUCAAUUAUAUAUAAUAAUGUAUAUGUACACAUACUUACAAACUUGGUCAUUGUAAAUAACAGAUUAUUCUAGCUCCUACAUUAAUAUUUUUUUUUUUUGUCAGUUAAAACCAAAGCGCACAUGCUUUUCUUGAAAGGGUUUGCAUUGAAGUGAUUUAAUUUCUGUAUCUCCCUUGUUUUACUAAUAUACUAAUGCUACCCUUAGUUCAUAAAAUCUAUACUUGCAGUGUUUGUGGGGCACAAACUUUUUCAUUCUGAUGCUAACACACCAAAGCUAUUGCUGUAUGCUCAAACCUUUUUAAAAAUAAUCUUUAAAUAUUUUAUUAAAAUUCAAGUCACACUGAACUGGUUAAAUCCCUUUGCGUUAAUAUAAAUAAAUAUUGAGCUUUCUAGUUGGCAACAUUCCAGUUUGUGUGAUGAUAAAGCAAGUACUGCCAGGAAAGUUACCCUUUGUUUCUACUCCUUCCUAAAGUGAAUUCUUAUAAAGUCGAUUUUUUUUUUCUUUUUUUCUUCUAAAGGUGACUCUCAAAGGCGACCGACUGGAAGCAGAGUGACAAACUUGCUUAACCCCUUAUGGACACAUGAAGGAAAUAUUCCAUCAUGAUUCCCUUUUAUUCCAGACGUUGUGCCCUUAAAGGACCACUAUAGGCACUCAGACCACUUCCGCUUAAUGAGGUGGUCUGGGUGCCUGGUCCAGCUAGGUUUAACCCUUUUUUCUAUAAACAUAGCAGUUUCAGAGAAACUGCUAUGUUUAUAAGAGGGUUAAUCCAGCCUCUGGUGGCUGUCUCGUUGACAGCCGCUAGAGGCGCUUCUCACUGUGAUUUUCACAGUGAGAAGACGCUAAUGUCCAUAGGAAAGCAUUGUGAAUGCUUUCCUAUGGACUGGCUGAAUGCGCACACGGCUCUUGCCGCGCAUGCGCAUUCAGCCGAGGAGGAGAGUCCCCCGCCCGGCGCUGGAGAAAGAGGUAAAUUUAACCGCUUCCUCACCCUAUAGCCUGGCGGGAGGGGGACCCUGAGGGUGGGGGCACCCUCAGGGCACUAUAGUGCCAGGAAAACGAGUAUGUUUGUUUUCCUGGCACUAUAGUGGUCCUUUAAAAUGCCAAAGUCACUUUUGAGUUUGUUUGUUUAUUAAGAUAGAAUCUUUAUGGAAAAAAUUGUAAAGAAAUUGCAGUGCAAUCAGAAAAUAUAUAUGGGACAGAGAAUAGAGACUGUGUUGUUGAUAUUUAGCAAAAUGUUGCUAAAGACAGAGAAGCAUUUGGCCUAAACUUUACAAAUUGCGUUUCAUUUGUCAAUGGUCCACGAUUCCUGGUUUAGUAUGUGGCCAUACCAGAUGCAUGUUUUUUUGCACCAUACCUCUAGAUCUCUUUGCCUCUCCUUUCUGGCGUACGCUUGUUGUAGUAAAGGCGAUUUACUCCCUUAUACACACUUAAUAAUGAAUGAGAUUUGUCUGUGCAAAGCGAAUGAAAACGCUUAUGGUGUUUUCCGUUCGUUUCCACACGCAGGCCUCAUUCAUUCUUUUUCUUCAAGUGAAUAAGGUACUGCCAGUGGCUGUACUGCACAAUGUGUGGGCAACUGUAAUUCACUUUAAUGUGACAUCAUGUAUGACGCAUUAGAAAGACACGUGGGAAACCCUGAUUGCUUAAGAGAGCCUGUCCAUUGGCUGAACGAUCAGAUCCUGGAGGUUAGCUGCAAAUGUGUAAAAAGCUGAUAUCUCAACUGAUUUAGGUCAUUCACCAACCUCCAGAUUGAGCACAUUGAAAUCCGAAUGGCAUACUGUGAUCCUAAAAAAGCUGAUCUGGAAAAAUGAUCCAACUCCACUAUAGCCACAACUUGGGUAUUUUAACCUGAAUUUACUAUUCACAUUUUAAUUUGGUAGAGUGUAGCACAUAGCCCAGUAUAGUGUUGCCUUCCUGCUGAUGCUAUUCACCUAAAAUCCUAUCCUUUUGGCAAUUUAUAUAUUUGUAGGAAAUUGUAAACACUUUUUUUUUUUUUUUUAUUAUUAUUAAAACUCAGUUGUCAUUUGGCAUAUUUUCAUAUGCCAGACUGUGCCUUGGCAGGCAUUCACAUAAUGUAUUACUAAAAAAACAACAACUCAUAGUUAACUUUUAAACAUACUUGAAAACGAGAGAAAUCUCAAUGUAUCUUUCCUGGUAAAAUAUUUUAUAAAUAAAAUAAAUAAAUAAACUUGGCUAUAGGGUUGUGAAAUAAUCAUAGGCAGCAGUUCCUCUUUAAGACUGUCCUUUGUUCCUGAUCUGUCUCGUUUCAGAGCAGUGAUCCACGUUGUGGGUGCUGAGUCAGUGCUAGACAUACAGAAAAACUUGGUGCUUACGUACAGUAAUAUGUGUAAUGUGACAGCGUGUCCUUGGCUAACCUGUGCAAGUAUCGCUUGCCUUUCUAGAGAAAUAGGGAAGGAGGGAAAAAAAAGAGCUUGACAACGUCCCUUUUUUUUUUUUUUAACAUCCGUGUUUGAUUUAGUCCGCUUGCAUGUAUCCACAGGUGUGGUUACUGUGUAGCAUUGAUUUUUAUUCAUUUAAUAGGAGAAAAGUUUAGAGGAAGUGAUUAAAGUACACACAACCGGUGUAUAAAAGAGUAAUGUACCAAUAUGGAUGCAGUAUGGCCCAGCUUGGUAAAUAAACUGCACUCUGAUUCACAUGAUUAAACCCACAUGGCAACAUUUAGGCCUCAACACUUUUCUCCAAUUAGCCUACAGCCAUUGCUGGACUGUUUCAGCCUGUUAGCAGUAGGGAAUACACAUUUGUAUGUAAAGAAGGAAAAAAAAAAACUAAAGUAAUUGAAAACUAGUAUUUGCUUCCCAAAACAAACACUUGUAAUUUAAUUGGACUUUGCUCCAACCAAACAAUGUUUUUAAUUGGAAUAAGUAAUGAAUACCAUGUUUUUAUUUACUUUUUUUAAUUUAAAAUGUAUUUAUUUUGUGUUUUUUUUUUUUUUUUUAAAUAAGUUUACAAUUUAGCAUGGUUUCCUAUUUUAUAAAUAACCCACUGAGCGUACAAUUCAGAAGCUUGUAGCACAGAAUCGUCGUGGCUUGAGCAAUGAACUCAAGGAAGAACAUGUUAAGUGCUCAAACUCCCGCCCCCUCCCCCCCUGUUAAAGACAUGUUAAAUGUGUUAUGAUAUUAAUUCACUCUUUACUAUUCUUUCUAUAAGUAACUCUCCAGCCAUCAGUUUCAAAUACCAUUGUUAACUCUCCUCUAAUAACUGUAAUUCUUUAUAUAGUGCCAACAUAUUCUGCUGCGCUGUACAAUAGGUAGACCAGACAAACCAUUCUAACAAAACAUGUCUGACCUACGGGAACAGUAGGCGAAGAGGGCCCUAACCAAACUUUUAAAUUGUAAAACUCCCAAAUCGUGCUUUUUGGAGCUUUGUAUAAAAGUGCUGUAUUUGCACUAUUUUGAAUUUGCAGGAAGGAUCCUAUAUAAUUUUUUUUUUUGUGUAGUGAAAUGGCUGUAUUGCAUUUUCUAUAUACCCCAAUUGUAUGCGGCAGAAUUUGUGGCCACGUUUGUAAAUCCUAUAUUCUGUAACCCAGUAGUCUCCCUCCCUCCACCCGGCCCCUGGCCGACCAAUGCUACGGACAAUACAUUUUUUUUUUUUUCUUUUCUUCUAUGUAGUAAAAAAAGAAAAGGCCUAACUGUGCAGAAAGAUGAAAAUUUACAUAUAGUUCUUUGAAAUUGCUGUUUAAUUGUCCGUGCUGGUGUAGUUUAUUUUAAAUUGGAAAGCUGCCCAGACCGAUGAUUUCAAUCUUAUUACAAUCCUAGAACAUUUUGCCAAGUGCUGCAUCCUUAUCUCAUUUUUACUUCUUUGUUGUUGUAGUGUCUUUUAUUUAUUUUUUUCUUAGUUUUUUUUCCAUGCUAUUCAAAUAUUAAAAAAAAAAUUAAUAUUGAUUUUUACCCUUGCUCUAGGAAUUAUUUUUAGAACGUACACAAAGUGAGACAAAUAAAAUUUCAAGCGCUAAAACCUCUAACUCAAGUGAAAAUUAUCGUUAUUUGGUAAAACUACAUUGUCAUACUGCCAGGUCCUAACUUAAAGAAGAACUCACUUCUGUGUAAAUUAUAGCCUUGAACACUGUAAUUAACCUAUUUUUUUUUUUUUUUUUUUUUUCCAGCUUGAAUUAACCUAUUUUUCAUGUGAUUUUCUGUUUCUAUUCAAAGAGGCACUAUUGUCACCAGAACAGCUACAGCUUAAUGUAGUUGUUCUGGUUUGUAUAGUCAGUCCCUGCAGUCAUUUUAAUUUAAACACUACCUUUUCAGGGAAAAUAUUGUAUUUACAUUGCUAGGGAUAACUCCAGUGGCUGUCAUUAGAGGUGCUUCCUGCGCCAGUGCUGCAAAUUGUGCAUGGAGAUGUGGAACUUAGAGAUUGAUUCAAUGCAUCUCUAUGAGGAGAGGUUGAUUUGGCCAGGUCAAUGUUUGGCUCCACCCCCUUCUUCUUGGCUGAGGUCAUCAGAGAUGAUGAUCUCAGCCACUCCAAUACUUUCCUAUGAGCGUGCUGAGUUGUGUGUACUUUAAUCACUUCCUCUGAACUUUUCUCCUACUAAAUAAAUAAAUAAAUCACUGCCAAUCAGUAACCACACCUGUGGAUAAAUGCAAGAAGACUAAAUCAAGUGCAGAUGUUUUAAAAAAAAAAAAAAGAAAUAAAAAAAAAAAAAGUGGUGUCGUUGCUUAGGUACAUGUGAUUACGUUGAUAACAUUGCUACAUGAACAAGUAGAGACCAGAGGUAAGUGGAUAUUUUUUAUUUAAUUUUUUUUACUUUCUUUCACUGACUCCAGUAUAAAAACAUUCUCUAGUUGGGGUGGUGAGGAACUCCUGCUCUCAGGGAAGUGACACACGCACUUGAACUUCCAAAGUCUGAGGAUUUGCUCAAUGCCACUCUAUCUAUACUGUAUUUUGUGCCAUGGGCUACUUAUACUGUAGUAGCACACCCUCUUGAUCUUGUUAUAUAUGGUACAGAACCCAAACACUCCUAAAAGGAACCCUCCUGACACCAUAGCAACUUCAUCAAAAUAAAAUUGUUAUGGUACCAGGAGGGCCAUGUGACUUUCUUUAGUGGUUAAGCUGUUCACAAACGGUUUAACCCCAAUGUUGGCUCCCCAGACUCUGUUCCUUGUUUUCCCUAUCGACAUCGGGUUUCUGAUAUUCCGCUAGAGGCAGCAGGGCCCCCACUGAUUGCAUUAGAGCGGUCAGCGGACGCCUUAAACCAAUCAAUAGUACAGCAUUUGGUUUACAGUGUAUUGAGACGGGUAGGCCCUCAAGGACCAAAUAUAAUGCUUACCUCACUUAACCCUUAAGACAUCCUCUGCUUCCCUAUUCACAGGAAAUACCAUUCAGCGAACUGUUCUGUAUUAGUCAUGUUUGAUGUUGCGUAUCAUGGUAUGUAGACAAUGUAAUGUUGCCUUGGAGCACCCAAGUUACUUGCACACUGUCUCAAAUCCCUAUGUACCUUUAACUCCUUAAGGACACAUGCCAUGUGCGACAUGCCAUGAUUCCCUUUUAUUCCAGAAGUUUGGUCCUUCAGGGGUUAAAUAGCUGGGGGUAUUUAAAUGUGCAUAGGGAUUUAGGAACUUGCACAAGUAACUAUAUAUUUUUUUUCUUUUUGUUUUUAGAAUAUAAAACCUGUCAGUUGUUCUACUGUAGAAAGCAACUAUGUCUUUUACAGCUGAAAGAAACAAUAAUCAUAUAAGUAUCAUGAUCAUAUAUGAAUCAUAUAAGGUCUAUUUUUAUUAUCUCAUUUUGUUUUUACUUUUUUGUCUCCUUAACCCCUUAAGGACACAUGACAUGUCAUGAUUCUCUUUAAUUCCAGAAGUUUGGUCCUUAAGGGGUUAAGAAAACACACUACUAGCAAUCUUUGAAAUAUGUCUAAAAUAAUAUAAAAUGUGUAAUAGAGGAUGUAUUUUACCAGUAAAUUCAUUCUGGAUACUGUUUCUGGAACGUGUCUUUGUUACUGGUACUUGUGCUAAUCACACUGGCUUACGCCCAUCUCUACCACUUCCCUCCCUUGUUCUUAAGUGUUCUAAUCACACAGCCUCACGCCCUAUCUGUAUCCGUCCUUGUUCUUAUCAAGUGUUUCUAAGAAGAGUUAAAGGAAAACUUUUAGUGUGAGAAAUGUGGAGAUGUAUUCCUGACACUAAAGCAUCCCUCUGGCCCUCCUCUUCCUCCGUUGGCAAGUAAUGGGUUAUCUAACCUUUUCUGGGUUGCAUUCCUCAUCUGAUGUUGGCCAAUGGGGGACCUAAUGCACUGACUCAAUGCUUUCCUAUGGGGUUUUAAUAAAUGCUGGACGUCCUCAUGCAAAGUGUGUGGAUGUCCAGCGUAGAUUCAGAGUCAAACUCUGAGGAAGGUUAGGAAGCGCCUCUAGUGGCUGUCUUAAAUCUGCAAUAUAAACAGAGUUGGCAUUUUUCCCCUGAAUGAUUUAGAUAAUAUUCUAGUCAGAAUUGGCCUGACUCCUAAAUCUCCUGCCUAAAAGCACAUCCUGUGUGACAUCACCAGUGAUCGAAGUACCAGGAAUUGGCUUUCUGUGGUUCUAUACGUUGCACAGAUCAUCCUGUGAAGUCAUACUAGAUCACCGGGGUAAAAUAUAGAAUAUUAUAGAAUAGGUCUUAUGGAAAGCUAUCUCUGCAUGUUUGGCUGAUAAGUAUUUUCACAUUCAUUAUUAAUGAGUAAUUACAAAGAAGCUAUAUCACCUGUCCAGUGGUGGAACUAUCAGGGUCGCAGCUGCGACCGGGUCCCUCACUCCAGAGGGCCCGUCUGCCCAGUUGACCCCUGCUGUUAAAAUGUAUAUUCCUCUCUCAUAGACAGCUUGCAGACUGCUCACAGGGGCCUGGGGAAUGCACCCACUGACUGAAGGUAACUCGGUGGUUGCUGUCUGCUGUGGGCUGUGACAGCACAAGAGACUGCAGGUUAAGGGAACUCUGUAUUUACUUAAUCGCAACCCAGUUGUUGUGGACUCUAAUUCACAUGAUGCUGAGGCAGCCAAUGGGCAGGCUGGCUGAGCACCAUGAGAAACGUAUUCCACAAGAACUGAAGUGCUAAACAUAAGCCAGCAGUGAGUGAUGGGCAUGCAUUGUGGAAGAUCUACAGUCCUGAUGGUAUUCUGUUUCUUCUGUAUGUAGUGUGGUAUAGCACCAGGGCCCUUUAAUACACUCAAAGCGGAUACUUUGAAUUCCAGCCGAUUCCCUACUGGGUCCUGACAUUGUUUGUAAGGAAGCAGCUUAUCUCUUUAAAUUUAUUGGGGGCAAGGUUACUGAUUGCCUUAGUGAUUUGUUUUAUGCCCAUAGCCACUCACAGCUUCAGUGUGUGUGUGUGUGUGUGUGUGUGUGUGUGUGUGUUUUAUAGUAUUUGUAUGCAACUGGUUUAUUCUUUAAAUUGAAAGGGAUAUAUAUAUAAUAUAUAUCUCCGGAUAAAAGUUUGGAGUGCUAACUUAAACGUUAAUCUUUUAAACUUUGAGCAACAAAAGCUCUGGAGUACUUGGAGUGCUAUCUGAACUAAUUUGGUCUAUCCCUUUCAAUGUAAUGAAUAAAACCGUUACAGAACAUAUUUUGAUGAUAUACCAACCUAUAAGUCAGUCUCUGGCAAGAUGUUCUGCAGCUGCCUCAUUCCUGCUCGUGUAUAGUAGCUGUAUUAUAGUGAUUGUGGUGCUCUCAUCCAUUCCUCUCCCAGACAGGUUUUUUUUUUUUUUUUGGCUGCCUUAUAAUCCAAAAAAUAAAAUAAAAAAAAAAAAAUUCUCCAUGGGCCCUCCUCAGCUGUUCAGGUAAUGGGAGUCCUGCUCCUACCAGAUCUCGAAAUCUUUCUUGACCGUCCAAGGCUGGAUCAAUUUGAAUGAACCACUUCCAGAUUUUUUGAUUGGCUACAGAGUACUAGAGCUUUGGACGUCAGGGGGCAGCCCUGGUUUUUAGAAGCUGCUCAAAUUUUUUUUAUUUUUUUUUUGGGGCAGCAAACCUUUCAGCGGGAUGACACCCAUUGACUCGCCAUCGCUAAUAAAAUUUAGUUUGCACAACGUAUUUAUUGUGUAAUGAAGAAUGUGUUUAGUAAUCAGACUUGAUUUUACUUCUCAAAAAGUGAUGUAUUGUAUUGCCACUCACUAGUAACUUCUGUCGGCUGACCUCACCCAUCAAUUGAAUUACACAGGUGUAUAGAAAAAAAAAAAAAGAGUAGCUUGCCAAACAUAUGUUGAAAAACAAACAAAACAUUUUAUCCAUUCACUAUGUACACACAUUGUAGUAGAGAAUCUGUGAAAAUAAUUCUAGGUACUUUUGACACUAAAAGAAAUUGUAGUCAUUCACUAAAUUUAUCUUUAGAAUUUUUAGAAAAACCACCUGCAAUUUAUAUUAGACCAGAAAGGGUCCAUCUGUUAAUUGAUCUGAAUUACUCACCGUUGAUUUCCCAAACAAUGUUCCAAAUUAAAUAAAUAGAAAGGGCCAGUGACUUGGGUUUUAUUUGUCACACUCUGCAACCCAAGGUUUGUAGGCAUUCCUACUGCUUCCCUAGUUAAAGGGAAUCAUGGAACAUUCUCUGGGUUUUUUUUAAUUUUUUUUUUUUUUUAAAGUCUUUUUGACAUUUUCUUCCCCACUUUUAUGGUACAUGGGGUCAGGGAACGAGAAAGCAAAAGAAGUGUCAGAAAAAUAGGCUGUAUGAAUCACAAUGCACUUGACCUGUUUUUAACAUGGCUUUUUACACCAUAUGAGGAUUUUUAUUUCUGCCUUUUUAUUUAUUUAUUUUUAUAGGUUUUUAAAAAAAAAAAAAAAUAAUUUUUUAAUUCUUUUUGUGUUUGUCGGAUACAUGUUUAGCAUUCAGUGAAUCAUCCGUCUCUUAAAAUCAAGUCUAUACAUUUUAUUUUUUUCCCCCAACAACCAGCAUUUGUAAGAAUGAAACAUGAUUCAGACAUAAUGAUUUCAGCAAUCCAUUUACAACAAGUCUUAAAACAUUAAAAAGCUACAAAAUAUUACGCACCAGGAAGUGAAUGCAUGUGUGUACUACACCCCAGCACACUGGUGAUUAUAUUUUUUUUUUUAUUGCCAUCGUCAUUAUUAAGUUGCUAUACGUGCUGGCCUCACUAAGAAAAUUGAUUUCUUGGGUGUACAUGUAGUGUUCUCACCUCUGACAUAAUGACUAGUGAGUCAGUUUUCUAGGAAGUGUUUAUUUAAGUGGAAUGCCAGAGUACGUCACUGCAGAUUAUUUGAUGUGGAGUGGUUAGUAAUGCUACGUUGCAUUUCCUGGUGAAUCUUGCUUCUUAAUGACUUGAAUUACUGUGGAGCGCAGUAAUACUAGACAAUGAUAAUAUGAAAGUGUGUAUGAUGUGUGAUCUGUGACAAAAUAUUGUUUCCGAUUUUUAUUUUUUUUCCUUAUUUGGAUCUUAGUUUUAGCCCCAAAAUGUUAAACAUUGCAGGUUUGUUUAGCACCGGGGGUUAAAGGGUUAAAUCCACCUCAAGUAGCUGUCUCCCUGACUUAUUUUUUAGUUUCAUUCAGAACACGUUACAUUUACCUUUAAUCAAGAGGACUUCUCGGUUAUGGACGAAGACCCCCCCAUGAUGCUCAACCAGGCAUAUCCUGCUGAGGGUCAUGAGUCUGAGUGCAGAGGCCAUCACAUGCUAUCUCUGCUGUGUACACACUGAUUCUGGUUGGGUUACAAUAGUUUUAUUUUUUUGUCCUUUGUUUUGAUUUAAACAUAGUAACAACCCCUGGAUCUUGGGCUAAGGUAACAUCCCCAGGAGGUACUUGAAAACCAGAGUAAUCUGAAUGUACCUUUCCUGGUUAAAUACUUUGAAUCUACACAUGGGUUUUAAUAUAAUAAAUUCCUGCAGAUUUUUUUAUUUUUUUUAAAUAUAUAUAUAUAUAUAUAUAUAUAUAUAUAAUUUUUUUUUUUUUAGUUUACUCCUUUCCUUGAUAUAAAGCGGAUGUUCCACUUUCUCAUCCAGCUUACUGCCAAAGCACGUACGUGUGCUUUUAUUUUGACCCUGUUGUUUUUUAAAUAUAGUUAAAUAACAAUGGAGUAAGGAGCACAACCAUCAAUAGUAAUAAAACAAUCUUUAUUAAGUGGGUAUACUCUAUAAAAAUAUCACAUAACAUAAAGAUCCAAAAUAAAGGAUCAUGUCACGCUAUACAGCAAUAAUCAGAAAAAUUCUGAAUAUAUUUGCAUGUACGCCAAAAGCAUCUUAUAUGAAUAACAGUCUCAAUAUACAAAAAUAGAAAAAUGAAAUAAGUCUAAUCCAACCCCACAAAUAUAAACAUAAAUAUAGAUAACAAUAAGCAUACCAGACCUAGUGAGAAGCAGGGACAGAGUCAGUCACAAAAACACCCCCAACGUUUCGGCAAAAAUGCCUUUAUCAAGGGAGCAUGUUGAGAGAAACUAAAUCCUGUUCUUAUAUACCCAAAGUAAAAAACAAACAUAGGAAACACCUGGAAAAAAAAUGGGUGGACACCCAUGAUGACUGGGAUCCUCCCAACCAUGAUACACCUGUUCAGGGUUGUCAAGGGAACCAGAAAGCCCUGACCUAAGUACAUAUCAAAAUGCAGGUUUACAAAUAAAAUAUAUAAAGAAAAAUACUAGACAUAAAAAUACAAAAUCAACAUAAAACAUGCAGGCAAGAUAUUAAGUAUACAUGUAGUGGACAUAGUAGAAACAUAUUAUGAGAUAAACAAUAAUAUAAAUAUUACAUCAGUAUUAAUAUAAAGAUAUAAAGAUCAACUGCCCCAAAUGGUAAGGCAGUUUGAAAAGGAUGAAAAAAUAAAAACACGAAAAGAGAAACAAUCAAAAGUAAACGGUUGUGCUCCUUACUCCAUUGUUAUUUAUAUGUAUUUGGGCUUUUGGGGAUAAAGCACCCCAUAUUGUAUUUUCAUAGGGCUCCACUUGGGAGCUUGCAUAUAUUUCUUAUUGAGUGUGCCUACCUUAUUUAAUUUUUAAGUGUUUCAAUAAAGUGUCAGGAAUAAAAACAUGUAUUCCGGCCACUAUGGCAUUUCCCUCCAAUCGCAUGGGAAAGGUGACUUUUCCGUGCCGUGCCGGUCUCUCCUUUUAGUAAAGCAUUGGGAGGCUGUUGCCAAUCAGCAUUUCGUCACAGCGAUGCAGUGAAUCAAUGCACCUCCAUGCAGAGCGAGGAGAUGCUGAACGUAGGAGUAGGAAGCACCUCUAGUGGCCGCUUGCGUGACUACUACUAGAGGUGUGACAAGUCAGCAAUGUAAAUGCUCCCUUUACUCUGAAGAGACAGAGACAUGCUAUAAACACCAGAGUAACCUUAAUCACUGCCUGUUAGAUUUGUUUCCUUGCUAGAUUUUGGCAUGAAGCCUGCAGAAUCUUCUACUAGUCUUGGCAUGUUUUGGGGGGGGAAGGGAGGAAACAACCUUUUUGAAAAAGCGAAGUGGGUUUUCUGUUAUUUUUUUUUUAUUUAUUUAUUUUUUUUUCCUUUUUCUUCAGGAUAGCUUAGAGGGGUCCGAGAGUCAUUAAAUCAGGAUAACAAUAAAGCUAUUAUAUUGGCCUUGUCAAAGUAAUUGCCAAAUAUCUUAGAAACCCUGGUUUGUGGAGAACCAUUUUCUUUCUCCCACUUCUUGGGCUAAAUCUGCUUAGAGCACAAAAUGUUCACAGACUAAACACUUUGAUUAAAUUGUUAAAAAGCUGUUUAUUUUUUCUUGUUAGAUUUUUUUGCUUCCCUUCCAAAUGCCAGUUUUGUUUUUCAGGAUGCCAAAAAGCAGCCAAAAAACAAUCGUUAUCCGCUUCCUUAACAUUGUCUGUAGUGCCAGGAAUUCUAAAGCGCAACAAACUCCCAAAAAAUAAGUUUUAGCAAGUGCCCUUAAUGGGUUCAUAUGAUACUGGGUUUAUAUUUGGCACCCCUGAGCCAACUUUGGCAAUUUAUUGUCAAAAUGUAACGCACUUUGAAAAAGGUGAACUUGCUAUAUUUAUGCAAAUGCUAGAGAUUUAGUUAAGAGCUUACAGAUCUACACGUUACAGGCCAAAAUCGUAAAAUUAAAAAUAAUUCUCCAUGUCCACUUUGCUUCUGAUUUUCAAAGCUAGUUUUAAGAUAGAAAAUUGCUUGUGAAUUUCUAACCAUUCACUUUUAAUUGUAUGGCGCACAGAGGCGGUAUGCGCCAUCCUCCUUUUUUUUUUUUGGGCAAGCCAUUUGGGACAUCUCCAGCUUAUUUGAUAAUGUGACUUUUACACUAAUGCAAAGUAGGUCCAAGGAUGUUGUACUACUGUGCUGUGUAGUGGUUCCCAUGGCAUUACCUCUCUGUAACCUGUGAAACUGUUUUAGCAUGGUUUGAUACUUAUCGUGGUAUGCCUGGGCACCCAUGCUGCUUCUGGUCUUCUCAAGCAUAUCCACUAUUAAAACUGGCUGAAAUGGUUAUGGUGUGUGAAGUUAUGGGUUCUACCAUUUGGCCACGAGUCCCAGAACACAGGCCUUUGUCUUUCUAGUUUAUUUUAUUUGUUCCUUUUUUUUUUUUUAUUGUGAUAUCUGUUGUAUAAAAUAUAUAUUUAUGUACAUGGGUAUGCAUAUAUAAUUAUAUUUAUUUAGAGACAACAUUUUUAACUGCGCUGUGCAAUAUUCUAAUAAAACCCAUUACGGUACGAGAGCAAUGGAUCGCUAAAAGGUCGAUUCAAAAUGCUUAUAGAAGCACGGGAAAACUUUGAGACUUGUCUGACCAGCCAUACAUUAUAGCUGUGUGUCUCAGUUUUCUUAAAAUGUAGUCCGUGCACUGGAUCUAUAAUGCUCAACCAGAUAUGUUGUAUUGAAAUCCAUUUAAAUGUUUUUUUUGGGUUUUUUUUUUUUUAAACCAGGUCAACUAAAAAGAGAGUUUGGACGGCAUGCAAAGUUGUGAAAUAUCUUCAGACAGCACUGAUGAUCCUCUUAGUAGUGGUCUACCGAGAAACCGACAACCUCGAAUAGUGAUUAUUGGUGCCGGGCUCGCUGGCCUGUCUGCAGCAAAAACCCUCCUUGAGAAGGGAUUCACGAAUGUUACUAUCCUUGAGGCAUCUGACCAUAUUGGAGGCAGAGUGCAAAGUAUAAAACUUGGUGAGUUUAUUCAUUACCGUUAAAAAUCCGCCUUAAUGACAUAUCUGUAUAUGAUCGAAGGCUCUGCUUAUUUAUGUUGUUUUAAAGCAUGUCUUUGUUUGUUUUUUUUUUUUGUUUUUUUUUUUGUUUUUUUUUUAAAUAAUCCUUCUUAAUUAAGUGAUCAGCUUACUUUGUGCAUUUGGUUAAUCUAUCAUUCCAAGCUGCCAAAUAUAUUGGUGCUGUACUAAUAAUAAUAAUAAUAAUAAUAAAAUUCCGGUGACCAGUUUUAACAUUGUAUUAUCUAGAUAGCUGCCAUAAUAGUAAUGUGACUCUAACAGAAACAUAACUGUGUGUAGAUUAUUUUAGUUAUGCUUGCUUGUAGAUCACGCUACUUUUGAACUGGGCGCUACUUGGAUCCAUGGAUCAAAUGGCAACCCCAUCUACCAUCUAGCAGAAGACAAUGGCUUGCUUGAAGAAACAACUGAUGGAGAGCGGAGCAUUGGUCGCAUUAGUCUAUACUCCAAGAAUGGAGUGGCUCACUACCUCACCAACAGUGGCCAGAGGAUCCCAAAAGACCUGGUUGAAGAAUUCAGUGAUUUAUAUAACGAGGUGAGUCUAGGUUUAAAAAUCUGUUGAAUGAGUGCACUGGAUUUUAUAUGAAUUAACAAAAAGAAGCCCCCUUCUAAUGUAUGCAUGUUCAGGGGAGUGCUAUAACCCUAUAGCACCUCCUUUGUUUAUGUAUAACGUAUCUUUGCUUAUGAAAAUACUUUUGGACCACUUUGAACUUCCAUGAAAGCUAUCUGUUAGAUUUACGCUUAUAAACUUCACUUUUCCAGGAAUGUGGUAACCGCAUUAAUACCUUGUUUAUCCUCAUGCCUCUGUAAUGGUUUCCUCUCAAACUGUGUCCGUAACUCAUGGUUUAGCAUCAUUUGACGGCAAUACUAUUGUUUCAGGCGUAAAAGGUGAACUAAAAUAUGCGUAGAUUUAUAUUUUAUAUGAAACCAGGAAAAGUGCGUAAGCAUUAUGCUCAUUUUAUACAAGCUCCUGUUGGUUUUUCUCUUUAAUGUAAUACGUUUUAUUUUUAAUCCCAGGUCUAUAACCUGACUCAGGAGUUCUUUCAAAAUGGAAAGCCGGUCAAUGCGGAGAGCCAGAACAGCGUUGGAGUUUUUACACGCGACGUGGUACGGAAACGGAUCAAAGAUGAUUCCGAUGAUUCAGAGACCACAAAAAGGCUAAAGCUGGCCAUGAUUCAGCAAUAUCUAAAGGUGAGACAGGACGACGCCCCUCCCCAGACAGGAAAGAUUGCCUCUAUAAGAAAUCUGUCCAUGUUCAAUAUUGUUUUAUAUGAAUUGUGAGAUAAAUGAAAACAAUCAUUAGUAUUCUUAAGAGUACACUCAGUGAGCCUUGAGGUUAUACACUAAAACAUUUGCAUUUAUUUAUGCCUCUGACUCACUGGUACAUUAUGUUCAUUCUAAUUUCAUAUUUUCUUUUAAUUUUUUUUGAAACCUUAUACACACUGUAGCCAUUUUGACCUGCAUACUCUAUGUGUAUGGGGUUGCUGGGAAUUAUAUGUUUAUGAUGCCAUGCGACAUUAUGAGCAUUGAAAGCUAUCUCUAAGGGGUGGGUUUAGGUUCUAUAGCAAGUCAUCCACCGUAAGGCUGCUUUGUGUAAAAUAUAAAUUAUAAUAACAUAUAAACACAACUAUACAGAAAUAACAUUGGCAUAAAAGUAUAAGGUAGACAUGAAACAUUUGGGGACUUAGAUAUGGUCAACGAUAUUUAGGUCAGAGAGUCACGCUCUCGCCCUGGUACAAAGGGAGUGAUCAAGAAGACAUCCCAGUGAUGGCUGGUGCUCAUUGAAAGAGUUGCGUCCUGUAUGCCCAGUGCCUUGAGGAAGGCCAUAGCCUCUUCCAGCACCACAAUGGUGUUGUCACGGCUGGCUUUGCCCACAUUCCUCCUCCUCCUCCGAGAUCAUCAAAUUUGAUCUCUACUAAUCCAAUGCUUUUCCAUUGGAAAGCAUUGGGAGGCUAUUGUACAUGCCUGCAAAAUGCCAUACUGUGCAAAUUUGAAUCUCCUCAUAGAGAUGCAUUGAAUCAAUUCAUCUCUUUGCGGAGAGUUCUGGGUGGAGACCCAGAAAGCACCUCGGGUAGCCAUCUGGGUCACUGCCACUGGAGAUGUUCCUAGGUAAUAAUGUUAACACUCUCUUUUAUCUUAAAGCCUGCAGGAAUAGGCAAUAGACCCCAGAACCAUUACAUUAAGCUAUAGCUGCUUUGGUGACUAUAGUGUCCCUUUAAGUAGACACAAUAGAAUUGCAUUUUGUUUAAAAAAAAAAUACAAAUUCACAGCAAUAUGAACUACAAACCAAUCUGCAUUAGUAGGAGAGGACACCUAUAUUUAGCCUGUCUGCAGCCAGGUUGUAAAUGAAAUGUCUCACUCAUUGUUAGGCUGUGGCUGUGUGCAUACAUUUGAUAAGGAAGUCUUUCUUGAGUGAUGGGGUGUGGCUAAGGAGGCCAGCUUAUGGUGCAGCAUUCUGCAAAAUAAUUAUUUUUUGCAAAAACUAUAAAGAAUUGGGUAUAUAAAAAUACAGCAAACUAAUGAGGCCAAAAUGUUUCAAAUACAUUAAAGUUGUAUUGGUGCCUUUAAAUUCCACCCUUUGUCCACUUUUGUCAACGUGAAUUCUGUACACAAGGAAAUUAAAUCCCUACUUUCCUUUAUGUAGUAUAUGGAAAACUAAAGCUUUUACAAAGUAAAAUGUAAGGAAUUAAAUUUUUUGCUGACAGAUUCACUUUAAGUUGGUUUCCACCAGCAUUUUGGUUGUGGCAGGAUGCUAUGAGGAUAUUUUAUGUCAUUAUUACAGGUUGAAAGCUGCGAGAGUAGUUCACAUAGCAUGGACGAUGUGUCACUCAGCGAGUUUGGUGAAUGGACCGAAAUCCCAGGUGCGCAUCACGUAAUUCCAUAUGGCUUUAUUAAGAUUGUGGAACUCCUUUCUUGCUCCAUCCCGAAGUCGGUCAUCCAGAUGUGCAAACCUGUGAAAUGCAUUCACUGGAAUAGGUCCAUACAGAAGCAGAUUGAAGGUGUGGCGGACCACAAUAACGACCAGGGAGAAGAUAAAGGUUAUCCUGUCUUUGUGGAGUGUGAAGACUACGAGUUCAUACCUGCUGACCAUGUCAUUGUAACCACCUCAUUGGGCGUCUUAAAAAAAUGCCAUGAGACAUUAUUUCACCCCAGCCUCCCAGAAGACAAAGUCCUAGCCAUCGAAAAACUGGGUAUUAGCACCACAGACAAGAUCUUCUUGGAAUUUGAAGAGCCUUUCUGGAGUCCAGAGUGUAACAGUAUCCAGUUUGUCUGGGAAGAUGAAGCUGAAAGUGAAAGUCUUACCUACCCAGAGGGCAUGUGGUUCAGGAAGAUCUGCAGCUUUGAUGUCCUGUACCCACCUGAGAGAUAUGGCUACGUGCUUAGUGGAUGGAUAUGUGGAGAGGAAGCCUUGAUUAUGGAGAAAUGUGAUGACGAGACGGUUGCAGAAACCUGCACAGAGCUGCUACGCAAAUUUACAGGUUGGUUACUUCUAUUCACUUGGCAUACUGUACAGGUACUUUAUAAUGUAACUUUAGUGUUCGCAUACAUUUUGCUUUUGUGCCUUCUAUCUGUUAGGUAGCCACUGUAACAAUCUGUGUAAUUGCCUUUAGUUAACAUAGUGCAGGUGUGUUUUAUACUGUUUCUGUAUCCAGUACAAUAACGCGUGCAUUCUACAUUCUACAUGUUCAAUUGUAGUUUAUUCUGGAAUAAUCCAGAUACAUCAUGUUUUAAAAAUAAAAAAAUUAAAAAAUAAAGUUUAACAAUCAUGUACGCAAAAACAGAGAGAGAAUCAGGAGGUAAAUACCACUGGGUGAGCAGAUAUAUCUUAUUUAAAAAAAAAAAAAAAAUGGUUAUCCCUUGCCUUACUUUUAUAACAUGUGCCCAGACAAGCUCUUGCACAGUUAUCUUUGAAGGGGCCAGAGCCAUGGCCACAUCUACAUAAUAAAAACAUGAGUGGUAUAAUUGAGAUGUUCUUUUCUAUACAAUGCAUGUUAAAAAAACAAACAAAAAAAACAGGGCAGGUCAACUCCUGCCUGGAGUUUAAAUGCCAUCACUUGCUGUGUAGUCUGAUUGCUGAUGCCACUAAAGAUGGCCGAGGGCUCAAGCGAUGGAUUCAUUUAACAUUCUGCUUGCUUCCAAAUUUCACUUCCUUAUAAGGAAAUGAGUAAUCUUUUAACUUUUUGCUAAGUUUAACCCCUUAAGGACACAUGACAUGUGUGACAUGUCAUGAUUCCCUUUUUAUUCCAGAGGUUUGGUCCUUAAGGGGUUAAACGCCACGAACUAGGAACCAAGAAUGACUGGAAGAAGGGGAGGAGCCACACUCGGAAAGACCUUGGGCAGCAACUUUUGAAAAAAGUUACAAAGAUGCAAAAAAGCAAGCAUCAUUUCAGAAAUGGGAAGUAGAUAUGAAAAUGUCUUAAAUAAUUUAAACUACUGCCUAACUACUAAAAUAAAGAAUUGCCAGACGAGAAGCAUGUGGUUCCCUCAUUAAGAUUAUCCGUGGAAGAAAAGAGAUACUAUAUUUAUUUUUUUUUUUUUUUUUUUAUUUUUUCUUGACCUCCGUGAACUGGUUUCCUCAUGAAAUACAAUAUGUCUGCUUAGAAUGUUUACAUGAGCCAUCUGUGCACUUGUAUUUAGUUGAAGGUCGGAAUGGAGGUUAUUAACAUAACUUUUAUGUUAAUGAAGUCUUAAAGAAGAACCAUAAUAAUCUACAUAAAAUCCAAAAUCUUGACUUUGCUAAAUGUAGAUGUAAUUAUUAUAGACAAGACCGAUAAGUGUGGGUUAAAGAAUCAAUCUGCAAGCAAAAUAGUCUCUUACCAGUCUCAAUAUUAUUUUUAUUAUUUUGUAAAAUUACUACGUUUCAUUAAAAUUUUUUUUUUUUUUUUUUUUUUUUAAUCUUCAUUUCAAGAGAAUCUGUUCCAGGCUGUCCAAUAUCAAUUCUGUGCAAAAUUUACAUUGGUCGUCUGCGCGUUGCUGGAAGUUGUAAGGAACUUCUCCCUUACAGGCAGUUUGCAUACAAGGGGAAAUUUUGUUCUCCCCUUCCUCCCUCCUAAUUAAAUUUUUUUUUUUUAUUUUUUUUUUUAACUUUCCCACAGCCCAACCCUUAAAACCCUGUAAAAUAUGAAGUAUUUACCUGGAAUCCAAUGCUAGGGCAAAGCUUCCCUCGCUGGUUUCCAUGCUCGGUUGUCCCUUCUUCCCCUCUCUAAGCAUUUUACUGGACCGUUCUAGUCUGCUAGACAGAAUACUCCUUUUUGUUUGGCAGGGUAUCAGUGAUAGGAUAUUUCAUAAUUUUUGAGUAAGAUAGUGUUUUUGGUUCUGUAUGUCAGAAUGAGUGUGUGGGGUGUGGGGGGGGUCAGUAAUUGUGUGUGUCGGUUAGUGAGGACAAGGUUUGAUUAAAUAAUUUAUACUCUUAUUUUUGAGAGUGUUGUGCACAUGUACAAUAUUCAUAUGUGUAUACAUUAUAAAAAUCAUAAAUGUAUGCAUAAAAUACUCAAAUUGUAGAGAAUAAAAAUCUGAGUCACAUUACUAUUAAAAAUACAGUCCGCACACACUCUCAUAUUACAUACAGCCACCACACUCAUUGUACAUAUAGCCAGCACACCGUAGCCUAGACUAGUAGCGUAAGACUUCACAUUCACUUUAUUUAAAUGAUGAUGAAUAAGCUAAUGAAAAACUAUAUAUGUAUAAUAACCAUCCCCCUUGCCUCCAACCAUGGGUAGCAGGUUGUGGUGAGGAUGAUUAUUAUUAUAUAGCAUGGGAGACCUAAUUUACCCCCACCCAAUGUCCAACCAUAGGCAGCAGGUGGGGGCUGUUAAUAACAGUUCUCACCUGCUGCCUGUGAUUGGGGCUGGGGAAAGCAAAUUAGGUCUCCCAUGCUAUUAUUAUUAUUAUUAUUAUUAUUAUUAUUAUUAUUAUUAUUAUUUAUCGUGGAAUAACUAGUCCUUCAGCCCCAACCAUAGGCAGCUUGUGGGGGCUAUAAUUACAAUACAGCAUGGAAAAUCUAACUCCCCCUCCCUCCCAGCUAUCAACCUUUGGUAGUGAGUGGGGCUAUAGCUAUAUAUUACUAGGGGGAGGGACAUAAUGUCUCCCCUCCACCUCUUCCUUUACGCAAAUGAACAUCUCCUCCCAGAGAUGUACAGCAUGAAGAUGCCAAACAUGGGUCCUGUAAUGAUUGUCAGACUGUACUAUGAAGGAUCUCUAGUGGCUGUCUGAGUUAUGUAGGUCCAUUGAUGCCUCUUUCUAGCCGGUUAGGUUUGUAUGUAGAAAUAUACUUUUUUGAGAUUUGGGUAAUCUUAAUUUUAAGGUUUUCUUAUUGAUCUCCUUAUUUCGUUUAGGGAAUCCGAACAUUCCAAAGCCUCGGCGCAUCCUGAGGUCUUCAUGGGGUAGUAACCCGCUUUUCCUAGGAUCAUAUUCCUAUACACAAGUAGGUUCCAGUGGAGAAGAUGUUGAGAAGCUGGGAAAACCAUUGCCUUAUACCGAGAGCUCAAAAACUGUUGUAAGUAUAUAUUGGUUCCUGGGAGAAAAAACGAAGUUCUUGAAUAGUAAGGGUCAAACGCAUACCCCCGGCUCCCAUGAGAACAAAUACCUGAGCAGGUGGUGUGGAAUAUAUCAAAUAUUGUACCAAAUUCACUACACCCACCUUUCUACCAUUCAACCUCUAGUGAACUGUCUGUGGAGCAUUUUGUCAAACCUUGCAUUCUCAAGGUCGAGUCCAUGCAGCUUGGGACGUGUGAGAAUAGGUUUUACUUUCUGAUUCGCACCAAAUAUUUUUAUUGUUUAUGGAAACUUGGCCCAAUGAAAUCUUGGUCACUGCAUUGGCACUACCAAUCUGGCAAACAGACAUUUAUUUAUUUUUUGGGGGGAAAAUUUGAAAAUAAUGGCAUAUAUUCUUUCACAAUAAAGGACAUAGGACAGCAUUAAUUUAUUUAAAACUUUUGAAAAAAUUUUUUCGAAAAACUAUAUAACAUGAAGACUUUUAUGAAAGACCCAUGAGACCAUAUGUAGUCUCACAUUAUUGCAAUUCUUGUACCAUGAAGACUAAGAAAUCCUUGAAUACAAUUCAAAUACUGAAGUCCCAAAUAAAAGAAAUAUACAUUUCUGUCUCUAGGGGCAAUGCAGGAAAUAUGAUUCAGUUUAUUUUGCUGGUGGGCUCUAUCUUGUUGAUAUUGUUAAGUUGUUCCUGUGCAAUAAAUUAGGCCUUGCUUGAAAGGUAAGCGUUGAAAUUCCUCUGAAUUCUGAAAGUGUAACCAUAUUGUAACUGAAUAUUAUGCUUGCUUUUAAUUUUGCUAUUUCCAUGAGCGGGAUGAUUAAAGGAGACAAAAUUAUGUUAAUAGUUUUAUAAUGUUGACAGUUUUUGUUUAGUUUUUUUUAAUUCUAUUUGGGGGGUUGCCUUUUUCUUGUGUACUGGCAAAAGAAGUUCAUUAUAGUUCAUGAGUUCUUAGCAUCUUUAGUCAUUGUAGUUCAGUUUGUAACAAAUAAUUUUUAAAAGCAAAUUUAGUUUAUUACUUAUGGAAUAAGCUGUACUUUUAUUUCAAGCACAAUACUUCUACACGCACUGCAUUUUAUGUUCCCAAUGCAACUAAAUGCCUUCCAAUUUGUAAGAGUACUUUUACUGCUUUUACUACUUUUACAUUUUCUGGAAAAUAAUGAGAAAAAAAUGUUUUUUGUUUUUUUUCCACUGUUUCAAGAAAUUUUGCAUCUCUACUUAUGAUUUUUGCCUCCGUUUUUUUAAAUCCAUAAAACUCAUCCUAUUUCAUUCUAUGGGGAUUUAGCAAGCCUUUGCAAGUAUGACCUCACACCUGCAUGCACAUUAAAUCCCUUCAAGAAGAGAUAUAGUUUUUCUUUAGGAGAAAAUGGAAAAUUUAUUCAUACUUACCGUAAUUUUCUUUUCCUGGUCAUAUGCCAUGGCAGCACAACAUCCAUUUUCCUGGCCAUAUCCAUGGCAGCACAACAUUGGGUAGCUCCUCCCUAUCCCCAUUGGACAGGAAUAAUUAUUAAGCCGUAUAAGUACCACCUCCUACCCCUCCUUCCCCAGUCAUGUUUUCCAGCAAUAGCCCCGGGUGGGACCCUUGUGCUGCCAUGGCAUAUGACCAGGAAAAGAAAAUUACGGUAAGUAUGAAUAAAUUUUCCAUUUUCCUGGCCAUAUCCAUGGCAGCACAACAUUGGGUAAUACCCAAGCAAUAAACCAGGGAGGGAAAGAGACACAGACUCCAAAAAUUUUGAAUGCAAAGUGUAUUAACACCACAACAGGUGAAAAAUAGAAAUCAGGUAUCGGAUACAGACAGAACUGAUUUAGCAAAUUGAUCAGAUAUACCUGCUCUAACAUCAAUUUGGUAGCUCUUAAUGAAAGUGUUAGAGGAAGACCAUGUAGCUGCUUUACAAAUUAGUUCAGGAGAAACAUUAGCAGCAGCUGCCCAGGAAGAUGAGAGAGCCCUCGUGGAAUGGGCUUUAAGACCCACAGGGACCGGAUAUCCAGCAGAUUGAUAAGCCAGAAUAAUAGCUGCUACUAUUCACCUGCUAAUGGUAGAUUUGGGAGCUUGUGAGCCCUUUUUACAGCCGCCAUGAAGGACGAAAAGACUGUGAGAAGUACGCCAAGCAGAAGUCCUAUUAAUAUAUAUCUGGAGGCAUCUUACUAGAUCCAGAGAAGAUAGGUUAGUAGAAUUCUCCAUUUCUAGGGAGUCAGACCUCAGAGAUGGAAGAACAAUAUCCUCGUUGAUGUGAAAGGAGGAGGUGACUUUAGGUCGAAAUUCGGGAACCGUACGGAGGACAACUCUGUCUUUGUGAAAGACCGUAAAAGGCUCCUUAAUGGAUAGAGCGUGGAGCUCUGAAACCCUCCUGCCGGAAGCUAGGGCAAUCAGCAAAGCAGUCUUAAUAGAGAGAGCAUGAAGAGGAACUGUCUCAAAUGGUUCAAAAGGUUCCAACUUUAAGGCAUUCAAGACCAAAGGGAGAUUCCAAGAUGGAACAAAUGGUUUAAUAGGAGGUUUUAUCUGAAGGACUCCUUUGAUGAAUCUGAUGACAUCCGCGUCCAGUGCCCAUCGAUGAUUGGUUAGAGCGGACAAGGCUGAGACGUGCACCUUGAGAGUGUUAUAGCUCAGCCCUUUAGCAAGCCCAGACUGCAGAAACUCCAAAAUAUUAGAGGAGGAAGGAUCUUGAAUAUUAAUGUUCCUGUGAAGGGCCCAGUCAGAGAAAACUUCCCACACUCUAUAAUAAGUGGCCGAAGUGGAAUGCUUACGUGCCUUCAGCAUAGUGCCUAUAACGUCCUGGGAGAAUCCUUUACUCAAAAGCCGGUUCCUUUCAGUCUCCAAGCCAUGAGAUUGAGAGAGACCGGAUUUGGAUGAAACACAGGACCUUGGAACAGAAGAUCCGGAGUUCUGGGGAGUGGGAGAGGAGGUUCCACCAAAAGACUUUGAAGCAGAGGAAACCAGGGUCUUCGAGGCCAAUAAGGCGCAAUCAGGAUGAGAGACACCUGCUCUGUUCUCAUCUUCCUCAGGAGCGGGAGAAUUAGUGGAAAUGGGGGAAAAGCAUAGCCCAUCCUGAACCUCCAGGGGCUUGAUAAAGCAUCCCUCCCCAGUGCUAGGUGGUUCUUUCGUGAAGAAAAGCUUUACUUUCCUGUUGGCCCGAGUGGCUAGAAGGUCUACUUGAGGGAGGCCCCAUUUGUCCACAAUCAAGCGGAAUACUCUGUCCGAGAGGCACCAUUCCCCCGGAUCUAUCCUGGAUCUGCUGAGAAAAUCCGCCAGAUGAUUCCGUUUCCCUGGUAGAUGGAUGGCAGUAAGGCCCGCCAGGUUUCUCUGAGUCCACCACAUCAGGUGAUUCAUGAUUUCCAUCAUCUUGCAGCUCCUGGUACCCCCUUGGUGAUUGACAUAGGAUACCACAGUGGAGUUGUCCGUCCUUAUCUUCACCCAUUGCCCCUUGAGAUGAUUAGAGAAGUGUUUCAAUGCUUUGAGGACAGCCAGAAGCUCUAGGCAAUUGGAAUGAACAUUGUUUGCCCUGAAACUCCAUUCUUCCUGCGCAAAGUCGUGGAGACAAUGAGCGCCCCAUCCCCAUUGGCUGGCAUCCGUUGUCACAGUUAUCCACGCGAUAUCUCCUAGUGGAAAACCCUUUGAUAGGUGCUCCCUGUUUAGCCACCAGAUUAGAGAAUGGCGUACAUUCAGGGAAAGUUUGAUGGGUUGGUGCAGGUUCCCGGAGGAGAACUGUCUCAGGAAAUUGGCUUGGAAUGGUCUCAUUCUCCACUGUGCCCAUCUGGUCAGUCCUAUUGUGGAGGACAUGGAACCCAGGAGGCUCAUUAUGGCCUUUGCCGGGGCCACCCUGGAUAUCAGCAUUCUUCUCAAUAACAUCUUGAGUUUCUGUAUUCUUGCUGAUGAAAGUUGGACAGUGCCCUUUAGAGUGUCGAAGUGAGCUCCUAAGUAAACCAUAGAUUGCGUUGGGUGGAGGUGGCUCUUCUUGGUGUUGAUCUUCCAGCCGUGAGCUUGCAGAAACUGAAUGCUGGUAAUAGCAUGGGAUGUCAGAGAAUCUACGUUGUUUCCUAAGAUCAAGAUGUCGUCCAAAUAAUGGUAAAUCGCAAUGUUCUGUUUUCUGAGUUCUGCAAUGAGGACAAUCAGGACCUUUGUAAAUGUCCUCGGAGCUGUGCUCAGUCCAAAGGGGAGGGCCCUGAACUGGAAGUGACCUUCUUCCACAGCAAACCUCAGAAACUUUUGAUGAGUUUGGGCGAUGGGUAUGUGAAAAUAUGCAUCUAACAGAUCUAUGGACAGCAUCCAUUGGUUGGGAGACACUACUUUUAUUAUAGAUUGUAAGGAUUCCAUUUUGAACCUGCGAAUGUGCAGAUGCUUGUUUAGCCUGUGUAGAUCCAGAAUGGGUCUCCAUCCCCCUGAGGAUUUCUUCGUUAGGAAGAUGUGGGAGUAAAACCCUUGAGUUCUCUCGCCGGCUGGCACUUUGGUGAUAACCUUCUCCUUCUGCAAGGAAAGGAUGAAGUCUUGUAGGGCCAUGCACUUUUCCUUGUCCCCUGGCCACUUUGUGAGGUGAAAGGACCUGCUUGGAGGAUGCUCGAGAAAUUCUAUCAAGUAACCUCUCCGAAUGAUAUCCAGUACCCAACUGUCGCUUGUGGAUGCUUCCCAUAUCGGUAGAUAUUGGAGAAGACAAGCCCCGACACCUUCGGAUUUGGGAAUUAUAUAGUCAUAGAUUCCUCUGGUUUUUAUAGGAAGAUGAACCGCGUGACUUGCCUCCUUUGUUUCCAGAUGGGGCUCCUCUCCCAGGUUGAAAUCUGGAAUAUUCUCUGCCCGGCUUGUAGGACCUACUGUCACGAAAGGAAUGAUACUCUUUCCGGGCACGAAAGGAUCCUUUAUAUUUUCUCUCCUGAGGUAAAAAGGCUUUAUUCCCUUCAGCCGCCCUCUUAAUGCAUUCGUCCAAAUUCUUGCCAAAUAACAUACUCCCGUGAAAUGGCAAAGAACACAAACUAUUCUUGGAGGAAGCAUCGGCUGCCCAAGAUCUGAGCCAAAGUGCUCGCCUAGAGGAAAUCGAGAAGGACAUAUUUCUAGCAAGGCUCCUUACCAGAUCCACUGCAGCUUCUGAUGAAAAAUCAAUUGCUAGACGCAUAUCUCUUAGGUCCUCCACAAUGGAAGAUCGGCUUCUGCCACUCCUGAUGUCCCCUUCCAGUUCCUGUAUCCAAACCUUCAUAGCUCUUGUAACUGACGUGAGAGCAACGGCAGGGUGGAGACUCGUGCCUGAGGCUACAUAGGAUUUGGAAAGGUAGUAUUCCAUCUUACGAUCCAUAGGAUCCCUGAAGGAACCUGCAUCGUCUACAGGAAGGGUAGUGUGCUUGGCUAGUCUGACCACUGCAGCAUCAACUUUAGGUGGAAAAUCCCAUGUUUCAGCAUCUUUGGAAUGAAACGGAUAUAAUCUGGAGAACUUCCCUUUUGCAGAUGAUCUCCGGUCAGACCUGGACCAUUCUUCUUUAAUAAGGUCACUAAUUGUGGCAUGCACAGGGAAAGCCGCUCUUUUUCUUCUAAGAUCAGAGAAAUAGCGGUUAGAUGUAGAUGGUUCCUCCUCUGAGGGUUCCUUCAAGGUAAGGGUUUCUCUGACCCGGGCAAUUAAAUGAUCCACCUCCGCAGGUACCAAGAAGUCAGGAUCAGGGAUAGCCUCCUCCUCCGAGGAAAAAGCUAGGUCUCUCAGAGAAGCUGAAUCCAUUAACUCUUCUUCAGAGUUUCCUGGAGAUAAAUCUGAGGGCUCAGAAUAUCUAGGUCGCUUGUGGGUCUUACCACCCUCUCUUAUGCCCUGGGCAACUGCAUGCUUGAUAAGUUGCAUAAAGUCCGGUGUUGAAUGAGAAGGGCCAGCAGCUGCUGAGAGACAAUCUGAACAGAGACGUUUCCCUUCUAUGGCUCUGUUAUCACAGGAUAUACACAGCGUCCUUUUGGGCGACUUCCCCUUGGACGAUCCUGAAGUCUUUGUACUUUUAGCACUGAAAUACAACAAACGUGCUCAUUAGUACAUUACCUCUCUUUUUUUUUUUUUUUUAAAAAGGAUGGCUUACCUAUAUUGCUUAGAUUGUGACCUAUUGUGAUGAGAAGAAUCCGAUUCCCUGGAUCCUGAGCGAGAAUCCAUCUAUAAGGAAUAGAUGGAACAGCGAAACUAAUACCAAGAAGAAAUAUAUAUAAAAAAUAAAAUAGGAGAAAAACUUACUUCGAUGCUUGAGAAGGAAAAAGGAACCUGGAAAGGCGAAGAACCAACAGAAUGGUGCAGAAAAAACUUUCCUGGAGGAAGAAACUCAACCUACCCCGAAAAAAGAGGUCUGGCGCUUUAAGAAGGGCAUCUGACGUCAUCGCGCAUGCGCGAAUUAGCGAGAAAACGCGCGAACGGCCCAAAUGAAUGGAUUUUGCGCGCGAACGUGCUAAUUCGUUAAUCGCGUUCGCGCGCUUAUUCAAACACAGCCGCGCGAACGCUCAGAAACAACCGAACGCCGCGCAUGCGUCCGGGAGCCCACGAAUGCCGAGCAGGCGCCCAUGAGACUCCCGAACGCCGCGCAGGCGCACAGAAAUUUCCCGAACGCCACGCAGGCGCCCUGGAACUCCCGAACGCCGCGCAGGCGCAUAGGAGCUCCCAAACGCCGCGCAGACACUGCAGCUUCUGAGGGGGAACCCCAGCACAGAGAGAUUACAGUUUCAAUUACCUCUGUAUCUUCAGAAGAAUAAUCUUACAGGUAGGAACCAAUUCAUGGAGUCAUUACCUUGAUUCUGGGGGGGGAAUAUUCCAUGUUAUUCCACUUGCAUUAUUGCAAGAAUUACAGGAAGGUAAAACCCCCGGUCACUAAAGGGGUUUUCUCCAGGGGGACACCUUUGCGCAGGGCCGUAUACUGGAGACUUCCCAGGGGAGAGAGGGUGAACUCCCCAGGGGCUAGAGGAACUAAUCCUCAGGUAAGCCAUAAAGAAAAUCUAAUAGUCUGAAAAAGACCGACAUGUCCUAGGGAUAGGACAGGAAAAAAAGACUGGGGAAGGAGGGGUAGGAGGUGGUACUUAUACGGCUUAAUAAUUAUUCCUGUCCAAUGGGGAUAGGGAGGAGCUACCCAAUGUUGUGCUGCCAUGGAUAUGGCCAGGAAAAUGGAUGUUGUGCUGCCAUGGAUAUGGCCAGGAAAUGUAGUUGCAUCUCAGGAUUUGCAUUCACUGCUAUAAAUCCUUGAACAUGUAAAUGAAAGCCUCGAGGAAUUUUGUAAUUUUUUUUUUUUAAUGAUAUUUGUACUAAUUAGUCUAUAAUUUUUAAAGUUAAUUGUUAUGGAGAAAGCUAGAGAUUGCUGAUUUAUCACGACUUCUGUCAGAAAGUGGAGACCUCAUUAUGUUUUUCAUCAGGUGGGUCUUUGCAAAUGCAAAAGACCCACCUGAUCCAUUUAAUUCAGAUGUCUGAGGGCCGACCAACUUGUAGGUGCAACAAAUGUCUGCUGCCAGUCAGCCUCAGAAGUUAAAUGAAUACUAUAGGGUUAGGAACACACAUGUAUUCUUGAUGCUAUAGCGUUAAAAAAAUGAAUAAAAAAAAAAAUGCUAGCCCCCAUUACCCCCCGUAAAUAACUAGAAAACCUACCUUAUUUCCAGUAUUGCGGGGGUGUGCAGGUGCUGACUUUGACCCGAUCCUCCUCCUUGGCUGACAUCAGAAUUGAUGAUACCAUAGGAAAGCAUUGGAUUGACUGAAAUUGUAAUUUCUCAUGAUCUUGGGCCAAAUGCCACCAUGGCCAAUCAGUAUCUCCUCAUCGAUAUGCAUUGAAUCAAAGCCUCUCUAUGGGGAAAGACCAGCGUCCUCUGAACACCUGUGCUGCACAGUGUGCAUCCCUGACCCAGGAAGCUCUAGUGGCUGUCUGAGGAGUGGAGUGUUUCUAGGCUGUAAUGUAAGCACUGCCUUUUCUCUGAAAAAAGCCUGCAUGGACUGCCUAUACUUACCAGAACAACUACAGUAAUAUGUAGUUUUUUUUUCUGGUAACUAUAGUUUCCCUUUAACUGGAAAUGCUCGUUGAGGAGCAAAGCUUUCUCGCUGCUGCAUAAAGAGAGGUUUCUAUGAAUUAAACAAGCGACUGCCUGACUUGUUCAGUACGAAGUAUUACAACUCAAGUGCGUAGGAUAAAAUAUAAUUUAUCUUUGUGUACAUGUUUUAUUCCUAAACUGUGUGUGCAAGACGGAAAUCAAAUCCUUUAUUUCCUCCUUAAUAUGCAUGAAAUGAGCUUAUAAAAUCUCAUAGUGGCCGUGUUACAGUUCUGUAAAGUGAUAGUUGAAGAAUAGCACUGAUUGCUUCCUAUGUCUUCUUCAGCCCAUGCAGGUGAUGUUUUCAGGCGAAGCAACUCACCGAAAGUAUUAUUCCACAACUCACGGCGCUCUGCUUUCUGGGCAGAGAGAGGCAAAUUACCUUGUCGACAUGUACCAAGAUCUCCUGCAAUGCAACAACUAAAAGCCCAACUUGGAGAAAACCACUAACUCGUGAUUCCUGCUACCAUUGUGUGCUUGAUGUUUUUGUUUGUUUUAUUGACUUUUAGUUUUUGUUUUUGUCAUUUUUUUUUUCUUUCUUAUUUUAACCUCAAUAAGUAGAAUGAUUUUUAUGAUUUUAUGUGAUUCCGAAACUGUUUUAACUUGAGGCAUCUGUAGCAGAUUCAUGUCCUGUAUGAUUACCAGGAAUGGGUGCUCUAUCCAGUUACUGAUUUUGUUAUUUACAUUAUGCACACCUGGUGCCUCGUUUUAUUUUUCUGUAUUGUAAGUGCCUUCUAUGAUAAAUACUAAAAACGUUUAACAAUAAAAGCAUAUCAGGUCAGAAGAUUUCUCUGUUUAUUCGUGACUGUUUUUUUUUUUUAUUCUUUAUAUGAAAUGGCAAGUUAGUUUUGCCUUCUAUUGGAUUAUUUUUUUUCUUCUCAAAUAUAAUUAUUCUGUUGAGCUUUUGGGAAGCUUGCAGUUUCUAUGACUGCCUUUUUGGGAUUUGAUGAACAUUCUACAGUGGGAACUUUUAGAGAUGUAUUCUGUAAUAUCUGGGUUGUGCUGCCUCGACAUCAUUUGGCCAAAAUAGCCAGUUAGGGAAUAUUUUCCUCAAUUUUGCAUCCAGUUUGUAAACAAUAGAAGUGAGAUAUCUUGUAAAAGUACAAAAGAGAUGGCAGGCAAAGAGCCAACUGUAUAAUGCCAAACAACCAACAAACGUAUUGAUUAAAAUGACUUCUUACAAGAAAAACUUUGUCCUCAUGCAACAUGGAGUCCUGAUAUGGUCACAAUUUCCUGCUGUAUCAAUGGCUGUGGAGGACACAAAUGUUUGGUGAAAUAACUUUAUUUAUCUUUACAAUGUAUCAAUGGAACCUUUUUCUAUAAAGGUGUAUAUAAAAUGACAGGGGACUCUAUAAUGUCUGUGUAGCAUAGCAUACCAUGCUUAAUGUACUUCGCUCGUAUUCUGUAAUAUGUCCCUCUGUAUCUAAAUCAAUGUGACUCUGUGUUUAAAUCAUUAAUGAUUUAGCUGCUGUGAAAGCAAACCCUAUCAUUGGUCGUUGAGAGGUUAAUUGUUGCAUGACAUUGCUGCAGUCCUUAAGACUUCAUUGUCUCUGACGAGUCCCUCGGUAACUCAAUGACUGACAUUCCGUGUUCAAGUCUUUAAUGAACCAACUGCUGUGAAGGUAAAGACCAUGAUUGGUCAUUCAGAGGUUAAUUGUUAAAUGCCAUGGCUGCAAUCUUUAACGUCUGUCAUCAUCCAAACUUUAGGGCUUCGCUUAACUCUAGUAAAUUAUUGCCAUAUUACAUGUAGUUUGGAGUAGUAAAUUUGCAAAACUGAGCUGCCUUGUUCCUAUAGAAAUUCUGAUAUAGGCCUCAAUUCAAUAUAAAUAUUAUUCUUUUUUUUUUUUUAAGUUUGCUUUUCAAAUGAGUUUGGGGGGACGAUUCAAUAUAUAUAAUCUCGAUCUGCCCACCCCAGUAAAGUUACAGGAGAGCUGUAAGCUCUUUAUUUGAGUGAAACCUUGAGGUUCAACACCUAGCUUAUUGGCUGAGAGUGAUCCAAUCAGGAAAGGUAAUGGUAGCUCCUGCUUAGGAGACGCUGUGGUAUUUGGAGUUUUCCUGUAAGAUCCUGGUAUAAUAAAAUAAACUUUGUCCUGCUGAACAAUCUAGUAACUGUAGAGCACAUUAGAUGAAGGCGAUCUAUUCUCUACCCUGCUCAUCUAAUGAACGUGUAACUGCCUCAGCACUAUGGGAGUUGUAGUCCAUCAGAAAUGGUUGUCUAGAGUUAAAUACUAUCCGAAGAUUUUCCAAAAAACUAACCACAAAGUUAGUAUGUAGUGAGAUACGUGUAUAUGUAUAUAUAUCUCUCAACACUGUGGGCUGACAUUUAUUUACAUUUAAAUGUACUCUUCAGUGUUUACCAGGCCAGUAUUGUUAAACUAUAUCUCUACUGAGUGGGUAGUAGAUUGUAUAGGUGAUAUUUAAAGAUGUCAUUAACAGGAAAUAUACCUGAGGACAUUAAUGAAUGUCCCGCCGCCUCCAUAAAUCGUAGAGUUUAAAUAGAAGCCAGCUAAUAAAUGUAUCAAAUUGUUUUGAUUUUGCAUAAAUGUAUUCCAGUAUAGCCAAGUACCCCUUUAAGCCCCAUACCAAACUCAUUGAAAAGGAUCUGCUGGCUUUAUUCAUCCUUGGCUAUUCUUUAUUCUAUGUUGUUGAAAAAUUCUGUCUUUCCCUGUUGAAAUACCCGGUUACUAUAAAGUAUAAUCAUUAACAUCGGAAGGCUUGGUGAUCAUGCUUGCAGUGACUUUGGAGGAGAUCAGGAUCACGUCCUUGGCAAAUAUUCUGCAAUGUCUGCAAAACCUUUUAAAGGCAACUCCAUCAAGACCAGAAUGAAGGGCAUGGUACCGAAAUAUCUAAAAUUUCAAGGGUACAUAAUGCUAGAUGUGACCCAUUUUAAUACUUUAUUUUUUUUAAAAAACAUACUCUCAUUUCAAAUCCCUACAUUUGGUGCAAAACUCAAAGAUGUUCUGCAGUCUCCUGUCACUAACCACACGUUAUCUCACCCAAUCAUGCUCGUUUUGUUUGUCCUCUAUAACACUGACUGAGUAUAUUAUGUAAGCAGCACAGAAUGGGUAGAGCAAGGUGUGACGAAGUGCCCUUCACCACUUGGUCCUGGAGAGGCCUACUUGCCAGCCUCCUCCCCUGUGACUAUGACUCUUUCAUGUAUCUGGCUUUAAAGCCCCCUUGUCUACCUUCAGGCAGACUAUUUAUGUAGGCUGCUUUAUAUAUCUUAUGUUUUAGUCACCCUGUACCCAUUAUAGGGUCAGGGUGUGUGUAAUGUAAUUGUUUAUAGUGUGUGUGUGUACUGUGUAAUGUAUUGCCUGCUCUCUUGUAUUGCUGAGGUUUGCUACCAACUAGGUGGGUUUGGCUAUGGAGCUUGUCUAGUGCCCUCUGUUGGUAGCAACAGCAAUAUGCACUACCUGAAUUGCAAGACUGGUUCAUUUGCAUAUUCGGGUAGAUUUGCAUAUUGCUAAUUCUGCAGGCAGGUGAGAUAUUUACUGUUAAAUAUUGUCUCCCCCCACCCCUUUAAAAAUGUGCCAUUGUGUUGUGAUAAGUCACUGUGUGUUGCUUGAUAUGGUUUGACUGUGAUUUUAUUGAGGUUUCACAACAAUGUUAUUGUGGUGACCCUAUUGGCUGGUCCCAAGGGAAACAAAGGUUUUGACCGUUCUUCUUGAUCCCUCUAAACGUAGCCUUGUCUCUUUAUUGGAGGGAGCUGUUAUAAUCACACCGGGGAGUGCUAUGCUCUGCAUACUCCCCUGAGCUUGAAUCACUUAGCUCUUUUAAGAGCUUGUUCCUGACAUGCUCUCCUUGGAGGAGGGGUCUUCACCACACAGUCCUGGAUGCUGGAGGUUCAUACAGGGUGGAAGGAAGAGUUCUUUCCCACACAGUCCUGGAGGACAGAAGCUGAUCCAGGGUGGAAGGAAGACGGCGAGACUCCAGUCAAGAUACAGUGGUUGCGGAGUCUGCGGUGGUUGUGGUGUCUGCUGCACUGCUUGGAGUCCUCAGGAAGUGCUAGGAGCAUCCGUCAACGGAGGGUACUCAGUCGGAGUACAAGGAGCUCCGUUACACAAGGUAUUUUGGGAGAUGUAGUCAAUAGACGGCUAAACUAGAACUCCCAGAAAUCUAAGUGAUGACAUCCCAUAUAGUAGUUGUUUUUUUCUUUUUGUUUUGUUUUUUUUCCAGCAAAUGGGAAUCUCUGCAGAGGUAGAAAGAAUGGGCUUAUGAAAUAAAUAAUUUUUCUAAAAAGUAUAACAAACAACCCUACCAGCAUAACUAACUUUUACACGCAACACAUUGUGUAGGUAAUCUAGAAUGUGCCAUUAUGCAACUACGAAUGUUAGUAGUCUGUUAUUUUAAAACGUAUAAUGUAUAGUGAGAUAACCUGCUUAUUGUAUUGUCUGUCUGUUGACUGCAC